AUGGUUCUUCGUCUCCUGUCCACGGCGCUCAUGGCCUUGGUGCUGCUCGUGCCGCGUGGCGCCGUGGGAUACCCGUGGUCGAGUUGCGGCAAGGAGGGCGGCUUCCCAGCGGACAGCGAUUACAAGGCGAGCCUCGGCCUCCUCGCCGCCACCAUGCCCAAGAACACCUCCAUGUCACCGGGUCUCUUCGCUACCGCGCAGGCCGGCGUCGCCCCGCAGCAGGUGUGGGCUCUCGCGCUCUGCCGGGGUGAUGCCAGCGCCUCCUACUGCUCCGGCUGCCUCGACCAGGGUUUUAAGGACAUUAUCAGCUCGUGUGACUUCAAGGACGCCACCAUCUACUACGACUCCUGCUUGCUUACCUACUCCAACAUCCAUUUUCGCUCAGCCGACGACACCAAGUACAGCCCAAUACACCAAAUCCGCAACCUUCGUAACGCCACGGCGGAGCCGGCGCGGUUUCAGCGCGUGGUGGCGGCGCUCGUGAACGCCACCGCGAGCAGCGCUGCCUUCAACUCCUCCACGCGCCUCUACGCGGCUGGGCAGACCGACUUCGACAAGGAGCUACCAGAGAUUUACAGCUGGGCGCAGUGCACGCCCGACUUAUCGCCGGACCGCUGCUGGAGCUGCCUCGUCCGGACGAUGAGGCAAUUGCCCAUCUUCUUCACGGACGCGGUUGGAGCUAGGGUUCUCGGGGUCAGGUGUAGCAUCAGGUAUGAAACCCAGCCCUUCUUCAAUGGCUCGGCAACGGUGCGGCUGUCGGCAACGUCAGCCAGAGCGCCUGCACCGGCCGUCGUUCCUAAUCUGGUUACGUCUGUGACGGCGGUAGGAGAAGGAAAAAGGUAUAGAGUUCCUAUCAUGGUUCCUAUAAUUUUGUUACCUCUCAUAGCAGCAAUAAGCCUCGCCGGCUGCUUCUUUUUCUCGAGGAGGCGGGGUCCAGUGACUGAAGAAAAACAGCCAUAUCACAUCUAUUCUGCUAAGACUGAAGUCUUUGAGAGUCUAGACUCCAUGAUGAUUGAGAUUUCAACACUGCGAGCUGCGACUGGUGAUUUUGCGGAGAGCAACAAGCUCGGUGAAGGUGGAUUCGGUGCAGUGUACAAGGGCACGCUCCCUGACGGCGAGGAAAUAGCUGUGAAGAAGAUGUCGAAGAGCUCAACACAAGGAGUGGAGGAGCUCAAGAAUGAGCUCGCUUUGGUUGCGAAGCUCAGUCACAAGAACCUUGUGAGGCUCAUUGGUGUUUGCUUGGAGCAGCAGGAGAGACUGCUAGUGUACGAGUUUGUUCCUAACAGGAGCCUCGACCUCGUCCUCUUCGCUGAAGACUAUGCAAAGCGUGAGCAACUUGAUUGGGCGAAGAGGUACAAAAUCAUAUACGGAAUUGCUCGAGGCCUGCAGUACCUACAUGAAGACUCCCAGCUCAAAGUAAUACAUCGUGAUCUGAAAGCGAGCAACAUCCUGCUUGACAUGAACAUGAGCCCAAAGAUCUCGGACUUUGGCCUCGCUAAGAUCUUCCGGCGAGACCAGACGCAAGGCAUCACUAGCUGUGUCGUGGGCACAUAUGGAUACAUGGCGCCAGAGUACAUGAUGCGCGGGAACUACUCGGUGAAAUCGGACGUGUUCGGCUUCGGGGUUAUGGUCCUGGAAAUCGUGACUGGGAGGAAGAACAAGGAUGGUAGCUCUCAACAGUCUAAAGAUCUCCUGACCACGGUGUGGGAGCACUGGACGGCCGGGACAGUGCUGGAAGCGAUAGACCCGUGCAUGAACGGCAUCUUCUUAGAGAAAGAAGUCGUCAAGUGUGUCAACAUUGGGCUUCUCUGCGUGCAGGGAAACCCGGCGGAACGACCGAUGAUGUCGGCGGUGGUCAUCAUGCUGGGAAGCGAGACGUUCACUCUCCAUGCGCCGUCCAAGCCGUCAUUAGGCUCGAGGAGGAACAAUACCGGUGCAUGUGCUGACUAGUCUUACCAGUUGGAUUCCGCCGGCGCCCUUCGUUUCGCAAGGGGACACAAACGACGGUUGAACGGUUGCAUCGGUACCACCUUUUGGGUGGAGUUUGCCAAUAUAUCCUUUGGAUAUUGCCCUGUAGGGAUGGCUGAGCCCAAAUGUUGCGAUUGUACUUAUUUUAUUUUAUGAUGUUAGUAUUCGAAUAUUUGAUUGUCAUCUCAAAACCGGUAAUAUACGG